AUGAAUGGAGGAAUGGAGCACAGAACUCCAGGUCAUAAUGCGGUGCUUCAUAAAGCACCUAAAAACUAUAAAUUGCUCAUGGAUCCGUGCCUUGUAAAAGGAGCAACAAAAUUGUACAGAUACGAUGGCUGUGUGCCUGGAGAUGCCUCUUAUCCACCAGUUCAUUGCAGGGAUCCUAGGUCACAACUAUCGAGGAUAUGGAAUAAGUUAGAACCAGCCGAUUUACCAGUCCCUAGGUUCAGGAUAGACAAAAAUUACGUGGGAACACCACCUCAAUUAGAGAUAACAAUUGGAAAUUUGAAUGAUAACAUUGAUAAGGCAUUUUUGACAGACAUGAUGAAUAAAGUAGGCCCUCAUGAAGAGUUAACAAUAUUUUACCAUCCCAUUACACAAAGACAUUUGGGAUUUGGUAGAAUUGUGUUUCAAGAUGUGAAGUACUCUAAGUUGUGCAUUGAAAAAUACAAUGGAAAGUCAGUUAUGGGCCAGGUGCUAGAUGUCUUUCAUGACCCCUUUGGGAAAAAAUGUCAAGAGAUGUUUGAAGAGAAGACAAUGGAAAGGAAACCAAUGUCAGCGUCAUCAACUGCCAAGUCAUCUGUUGAAGAUAUACGCUCAUCCAAGACUGAGCUUCUCAGUAAGCGACUAGAAGACACAAAAUUAACAGAGAAGGAGUAUUCCCGCUACAAGGACGAUCAUAGUGACAGUAACACACGUUGGUCGGAUGAGGAGCGCGAGUACAGACAUCGACAUCGCAGUCGCAGUGAGCGGGAAAGGGAUGGAGAUAGAGACCGUGGGGAUAGAGAUAGGGAUAGAGAGCGGUACAGGGAACGAUACGCGCGUGGUAGUAGCGAGACGAGCGAAUCGCCGUUCGCGGCCCCCAGCCACAGUUCCAGCCACACGUCCAGUCACACGUCCAGCCACGCAGUCAGCCACGCCGCCAGCCACGUGGCUAGUCAUGUGACCGGUCACGCGACUAGUCACGCGACUAGUCACGCUCCAACGCACACGACCGCACUCCCCCCCAGUCAUACAACUGAAGUGCCCUACACUCCGACUGGUCCAUUACCGUAUGACCCCUACUAUCAGCAGAGUUAUGGCUAUGGCUAUGGAGCAAGCCCCGCACCAAGUGCAAGCGGCAUGUGGUGGGACUGGAGACAUCCCCCACAUGCAACACAUCACCAUUCCCAUCCGGAGAGGGGCGUUGGCUCUUCGUGGACGGCGCCAUCGACGCCGGCGCACAAGGAGCGCUCGCCCGACGCCAAGGAGAGGAAGGCCAAGAAGGAGUUGCCGGUGGAGAGCAAGGUGGUGGAAAAUGCUGAACCGCCCCCGCCAGGAGUUGGGCCUGACGCAGUGCCCGAGCCGAAGCCGCCCCCGCCCGCCGACGAGCCCAAGAACGUUGAUCUGGACACCAGGAUCGCGAUGCUGCUGUCAGGCGCCAGCGGCGGCGGUGGUCUGGCGCCCCCAUUCCUCGCGCUCGGCAUCUCCUCCGAAGAAGAGGAUGACGAGCGGCUGCCAGCACGCAUCCCGGACCUGGACACGAACCAGCCACCUUCCGACGACGAAGGAUCGGGCAGCGAGGAUCGAGGCAGCAUAAUUUCAGUGAGCGCCAAAAAGGAAGUGGACCCCGAGCCACUUUCGAAAACACCGUCCCCCUAUUUGAGCCGGGAUUUCUACCUCGAAUGCUUGAAGGACACCAUUGAGAGGAAGUUGAAGGAGGAGCAUCCGCGCAAGAAAGUCGCCGGCGUUGACAAGAUCGGCUCGGACAUUUCCUCUUCGGAGGACGAGCUGCUGACCGGCGAGGAGCGGCGGCGCUCGCCGGCCGCACCGCCCGACAGGGACCAGGACAAUCUGGACGACGACCAGAUGUCGCUGUCGUCGUUGUCGUCGACGGAGGCCAAGAUCGAGGAGCAGGUGCCCGCGGAGGCUUACUUCUACCCGACCCCGAUGUGGCCACCCACAGCUUACCCGCCGCCGACGUAUACGACACCGGAGAUGGCGAUGGCGUACGGGGGCUACCCGCCGCCCGCCAUGCUGCCGCACCCCUACCCGCCCUACGCGCAGCCACCGCAUCAUCAGGAAUCGGACAACCCGCACUACACGACUAUAACAAGCGUAAUAGAGCGAGUAACGGCCGAGCUGAAGCAGAUCCUGAAGAAAGACUUCAACAAGAAGAUGAUAGAGAGCACCGCCUUCAAGAGCUUCGAACUGUGGUGGGAUGAGCAGAGCCGCAAGAUAAGGCAACCGAAGACCACCAAACCGGAAGAAGCGGGGCAGCCGUUACAGGACAUCUCGAACAAGAAGGAGGAGGCCGUGGACUCGAUAAAGUCGAUAAUGGAGUCGCGCGAGCUGGGCCUGGAGCUGGGCGGCUACGGCGCCGGCAUCGGCCUGGGCCUGCGCGCCUCCAUCCCCAAGAUGCCCAGCUUCCGCCGCAAGAGGAAGAUCCCCUCGCCCGUGCUCAUGGACGAGGACUCCUCCAAGCGGCUCAGCGAUCAGGAGGAAAUGGUGCAGAACUCGGACGAAGAGAAGGAGGUACCCACGAGUCCUCGCAACCGGACCACGGGUUCGUACCUUUCGACGAGCAGAAGGCGCCAGUCCAGCAGUUCAUCGAGGUCGUCGUCGUCGUCGUCGUCACGCUCGUCGUGGUCGGGCUCCGAGUCGGAGCGCAAGGGCGCCGCGCCGCGCAUCUACUCGGACUCCGACGACGACACAGACCUCGACGAGGCGGAGUUUAAAGUUGUAUCUAAUAAGGAGAGACUCCGGACGGUCUACUCUUCGUCAUCUGACAGUGAGGAAGAGAAAAGUCGAAGGGAGAAAACGCCUAUACCGCCCGUUGAAAUGGACGAGGCGGGAGAGGAAACUACAAACCACGAAGCCGAGAGGCUGGGCUCGCCGAUCAUGUCGCCAGAGGAACCGAGGGAUCUCCUCCUAGACCGUGUUUACUCCGACUCGGAGGAAGAGAGGGAGUAUCAGGAAAGAAGAAGAAGGAACACAGAGUAUAUGGAGCAGAUCGAGAGAGAAUUCCUGGAAGAGCAAAGGAGAAAAUUGGAAGGAGAUACGAGAGCACUCGACAAACCGCCUGAUGACGGUUUGCCAGAUAGCAAAUCUGAAGACGUAAGCAAUUCGAUAAAGAAUCACCUGAAAUCACCCGAGAAGAGCAAAAAGGCCGAGGACGUGGAGGAAGGUGAAAUCACUUCCGAAGAGGAACCUCUGGACUCUCGGAGAAAGAAAGACAAGAGACAGAAGAAGAAAGGAGAAAAAAGACAGAGGGUUAUAUCAGUUAGCGAUGAGCACAGUUACACUGAAUCGGCUAACGGAGUCAAUGGUGUCAAAGAACCGAGCGGCGCCCUGUCGGAGACGUCGUCGCCGCAGUCGCAGGCCUCGCAGGCGUCGCAGGCCUCGCAGGUGGCGCUGGACCACUCGUACUGCCGCCCGCCGCCCGCCGACGACGCGCCGCCCGAGCGCCGCGCCUCCAACCACCUGCACCACGACCACGGGUACACGUGGAUGGCAGAACCGGAAAUCGGGUCGCAAUUGGAAGAACUCAAGCCCAAGAAGGAAACGAAGAGGCCGUACAAGAGAAAACACGAAACCAAGAAGUUGGCGGAGAUUCAAAACAAGUUGCACGAGACGCUCUCGGAUGCGGAAGCGGCGAGCCCGGUGCACGGCCACGUGACCUUCCCGGCAAGGGAUAUGAUGGCCGAGAUGCAGGUGAUGUACGAGUUCCUGACGCGCGGCAUCGACCGCGAGGACGUGCGCCUGCUGCGGCGCGCGUACGAGGCGCUGCUGGCGGAGGACGCGCACGGCUACUGGCUCAACGACACGCACUGGGUGGAGCACCCGCCCACCGACCUCACCUACAGCCCGCCGCGCAAGCGCUCCAAGCGCCACGCCAACAUCUACGAGGAGCUGCAGGGCCACUCGAGCGGCGCCGCUCGAACGGAGGGCUACUACAAGAUGGACGCGCGGCUGAAGGCCAAGUACAAGUACCACCACGGGCGGGGCGCGGCGGCGGACGACAAGAAGGCCAGCAAGAUGCAGCUGUCGCGGGAGGCGCGCUCCAACCAGCGGCGGCUGCUCACCGCUUUCGGCACCGACACGGAUUCCGAUCUGCUGAAAUUCAACCAACUGAAGUUCAGAAAGAAGCAGCUGAAAUUCGCCAAGUCCGGAAUCCACGACUGGGGUCUUUUCGCUCAGGAGCCAAUCGCCGCGGACGAGAUGGUGAUAGAGUACGUGGGCCAGAUGAUCCGGCCCAUCGUGGCGGACGUGCGCGAGGCGCACUACGAGGCGACGGGCAUCGGCAGCUCGUACCUGUUCCGCAUCGACCUGGACACCAUCAUCGACGCCACCAAGUGCGGCAACCUGGCGCGCUUCAUCAACCACAGCUGCAACCCAAACUGCUAUGCGAAGAUUAUUACAAUCGAGUCACAGAAGAAGAUCGUGAUAUACUCGAAGCAGCCGAUCGGCGUGGACGAGGAGAUCACUUACGACUACAAGUUCCCUCUAGAAGACGAGAAGAUACCUUGCCUCUGCGGCGCCCCGCAAUGUAGAGGAUUCCUCAAC